AUGGCUACUGAGUCUGAAGUCUUUGAUGAUGGCAAGUCCAUAACCAGCAUGCCUCCCCCAUACAAUGAGAUUUCCACACCUGCAUCAUCAACUGUGGCAAAUUCUGUCCAAUGUACUGGCAGCCGAUUGCCUUUAUUUUCAUUUUUACAGAACAAGUAUAAACAGACACAGGCUAAACUCACCAAGACCAAACAGACUGAGGCUGUUCUAUCUCACAUCCAUGAUAUUGUCUCUGUUCCCAAUUUUAUACCUAUUGCCCCUAUUGUCAACACCUGCACUGCUGCUCUCCUCCCUGCAGAGUUCUCUGACCUCCUGCAAAGUCCCAAUAUUGAGGGUCACACUGCAAUGUAUUGGGCAGCUGUGAAUGGCCAGAGAGAAGCCUUUUCAGUGUUUGCUGCACACAUCCUCAAAUUCUCAUCUGUUUGCUCUUCUGACUUGUGUCUUGCAUGUAUGUCAACUAGCAACCAUGCAUUGUUUAUGCAGCUGAAUUUGGGACAUGUUAUCAAUUCUAAGGAUGAGUCUUUGAGACAUUUUUUGGGUUGCCCACCAGAUGAGGUCCAGGUGCAUGAUAAAGGGGAUAGAAUGGGCAAGAACCAGUUUGUUGCUUGUUUCCACAUCAGAAUGUUCCAGAAACGCCUGCACACUGCAGGUGAAUUGGGCAUAGAAUUUGUUGCUGCAGAUAUGGACGAAUAUGGUGGUUUCUCAUUUAUAUGGGGGAUAAUGGGAGGUGGUGCAUUGGGUUCAGUCUUUCUCAUCCUAGCUUUCCAGCUCAUCCAGAAGCUGCACUUAUGA